UAAGUUAUUAACAUUCGUUUUCCAAAUUCCACUUCCCGAAUGACGUUUAAAAAGUAAUUCCGACAAAAUUGGGGCUAACGAAUGAAAUCGUCAAAUGCUCUGUCCAAAAAACAAACAAACAAAAGAUAGCACCAGUCUCGGGGUGUGAACUGAGGAACCUUCCAUGCUCUUCCUCAAUUCCUUUAUUGACUUUGAACAGCGAUCCAACCAAGUCAUGCUUUGAGGUCAAAGCUGUUGAAACUUCUCUGGUCAGGACCCUCGAUCUGAGUAACUCCAUCAUUGGACGAGAAAGGAUUGAUCACAAUUCAUUCCCUUUUCCUCCUUGGAUGUUUUCAUCAAUUGCCCCAUCUUUCUCUCGUAAUUGAUCGCCAGACAGAACCCACAACUCAAUCCAGCUUCAGAAGAUGAAGCAAUCACAGACAAAUCUCUGUCUUCUAUGCCUUGCAAUAGCUGCGAUUGCAUCAUUCCAAACCAUCUCAGGCGACGCAAGGGCUCGCGCCAUUCAGAUCACGUGCACACCUCUUCCCGAGCACAACGAUACCGUUUUCGUCCCCAACUUCGUGGCCACCAUGGAGAAAAUCAGCCAGCAAGUGCAGACUGCUGGGUUCGGAGUAGCCGUCACGGGCUCGGGACCGGACGCCAAUUACGGACUUGCUCAGUGCUAUGGCGAUCUGUCUUUGAACGAUUGUGUCCUUUGCUACGCAGAGGCACGCACCAUUCUUCCCAAGUGUUACCCCAACAAUGGCGGAAGGAUUUUCCUCGACGGCUGCUUCAUGAGGUCAGAGAAUUACAGCUUCUACUCGGAAUUCCGUGGGCCACCUGAUACUCUUGUAUGCGGCAACACUACCAGAAAGAAUGCCACUUUCGGUGGUUCCGCAAGGGAAGCCAUGGCAAAUGCUGUUGCCUCUGCCCCCCUGAAUGGAGGGUAUGCCCGUGCUUCGGCUGGUGAAUCUGCGCAUGUGUUGGUGAAUUGCUGGAGGACGUUGAGCCAAGAUUCUUGCAGGGCUUGCUUGGAAAACGCGUCUGCUUCUCUUCUCACCGGGUGCUUGCCUUGGUCUGAGGGACGUGCCCUCUACACUGGCUGUUUUCUGAGGUACUCUGAUCAAGAUUUCCUUAACAAGGAACCGAGAAACGGGAGAUCCAGAGGCUCAGUAAUAGUGAUAAUCGUUUCAGUCAUUAGUUCUGUUGUUGUCUUCUUGGUCGGAACCGCUAUUGGAAUUUAUAUCUGCAAACACAGAAACAUACAAAAGAAGAGAAGAGGAUCAAAUGAUGCAAAAAAACUAGCAAAAACCCUGAACGACAGUAGUCUGAACUUCAAGUACUCUACAUUGGAGAAGGCCACGGGCUCUUUUGAUAGUGCGAACAAGCUUGGACAAGGUGGAUUUGGAACUGUUUAUAAGGGGGUUCUCCCGGACGGAAGAGAGAUAGCAGUGAAACGCCUAUUCUUCAACAACAGACACAGAGCAGCAGAUUUCUAUAAUGAAGUCAACAUUAUUAGCACUGUGGAACACAAGAACCUGGUAAGGCUGCUGGGUUGCAGCUGCUCUGGACCAGAAAGCCUCCUCGUCUACGAGUUCCUCCCGAACAAGAGCCUUGAUCGUUUCAUCUUCGAUACAGAGAGGGGCAAAAUACUCAACUGGCAUAGAAGAUUCACAAUCAUUGUUGGGACUGCUGAGGGUUUGGUGUAUCUGCACGAGCAGUCAAGCGUGAGAAUCAUUCACAGGGACAUAAAAUCUAGCAAUAUCUUACUAGACUCAAAGCUUCAAGCAAAAAUCGCUGACUUUGGCCUCGCCCGAUCCUUCCAAGAGGAUAAAAGUCAUAUCAGCACAGCAAUUGCAGGAACCCUAGGUUAUAUGGCUCCAGAGUACUUGGCCCAUGGUCAGCUCACGGAGAAGGCAGAUGUAUACAGCUUUGGCGUUCUCGUGUUAGAGACCGUAACAGGAAAACAAAACACCAGAAGCAAAAUCUCAGAUUACACAGACAGUUUAAUCACAGAAGCAUGGAAGCAUUUUCAAACAGGGACAAUGGAGGAAAUAUAUGAUCCAAACCUGAUGUUGCAGAAUCAGCCUGAGGGCAGCAGCGUCAAGAACGAAAUACUGAGGGUUGUCCAUAUAGGGCUCUUGUGCACUCAGGAGAUCUCAUCACUGAGACCAUCAAUGUCAAAGGCAUUACAGAUGCUAAGGAACAAAGUGGAAAACCUGCCAUUGCCGGGUAAUCCCCCAUUUAUGGAUGAGCGAAUCAUGGAACUUCAUGAUACCUUCGAUGGGGACUCAGCUGCAUGUGCAUCACUUGCCACUGUCUCACACAGUUCCUUCUAUGGUAGAUGAUCUUGGAGAAGAACAAAGAAUAAGGAAGUAUUUCGGAGCACAAACAAAAUUUUGUAGAUAUCCUGGUGAGAGUAACAAGUCAAUAGGUGUGAUAAUAGAAUAAUGUAUAUGGUAUGAAGAUGUUCCAAUAUAUUGGCUUUUGUACUGAUAUACAAGAAACGGAAAAGAGGCGAAUCCUUUACAUCUGUAA